UUUACGACAACAACGUAGUGCACAUGGGGAGCAGUAGUUAGGGGCAGAAUCCCUUAGAUUUCUUAAAUAAAGUGUAUUGUGUGAAUUGACAACAUCAGAAGUUAUUAUGGGUAAGAAGAAGGCAGGCGGAGGAGGCGGACUGGGCAGAGCUCUGAUAAAAGAAAGACUCCAGGCAGGCCGAGGAAACAAGCGGGGCGACUCCUGGCUCCACACCAGUGAGCUGAAUGAUGGCUAUGACUGGGGACGGCUGAACCUGCAGUCAGUGACAGAACAGAGUUCCAUGGAUGACUUUCUGGCCACUGCAGAACUGGCAGGAACAGAGUUUGUUGCAGAGAAACUCAACAUCAAGUUUGUGCCAGCGGAAGCUAGAGCAGGUCUGUUAACAACGGAGGAGAAAGCCAGGCUGAAGAAGCUGCAUGAAGACAACAGGCAUUUCCUCAGAAUUCCUCGACGCCCCCACUGGGAUGAAAGCACCAGUCCAGAUGUGCUUCAGCAGGCAGAGAAAGACAGCUUCUUGGAGUGGAGACGAGCACUCGCACAACUGGAAGAAGAACAGAAGCUAAUUCUCACCCCAUUUGAGAGGAAUCUUGAGUUCUGGAGACAGCUGUGGAGAGUGAUCGAGAGGAGUGAUGUCGUCAUUCAAAUCGUUGAUGCCAGAAAUCCUUUGCUGUUCAGAUGUCCUGACCUGGAGUCAUAUGUCAAGGAGGUAUCAGGGGAUAAGGUGAACAUGCUGUUGGUGAACAAGGCAGACCUGCUAACCAGGGAGCAGAGGCGAGUCUGGGCCAAACACUUUGAGAAAGAAGGGCUGAGGGCAGUUUUCUGGUCUGCCCUGGCUGAGGGCAACAGGCUUGAUGCUGAGGACAAGGGUAUGAACGUGGAGGAUCCAGAGUGUGGAGAGAGUGACCCAGAAGAGGAAGGAAAGCCAGACAAUGAAGACAUGAGCCAAAAAAAGGCAGACGGAGAGGAGGAGGUGAAGGCAGAGGGGGAGGAUGAAGAGGGAGAAGACAGUGGUACAGAGGACGAGCAGCAGGAAAAGAUAACUGUAGAUGAGGAGGAGUGGCGCACCUGCUCGGAGGAUGAGGAUGAAGAAGAGGAAAGGACUGUUGGUUCAUCCAGUCAAUCCUCCUUCCACAACUCCAGCCGUCUGCUGCGUAAGGAUGAGCUGCUGGACAUCUUUAGGUCUGUUCACAACGGGCCCAGGUGUAAAGAAGGACAACUCACAGUGGGACUGGUUGGGUAUCCUAAUGUGGGGAAGAGUUCCACCAUCAACACUAUUCUAAGGAACAAGAAGGUGUCUGUUUCUGCCACUCCUGGACACACUAAGCACUUUCAGACCCUCUAUGUGGAGCCAGACCUGUGCCUCUGUGAUUGCCCAGGUCUUGUCAUGCCCUCCUUUGUCUCUACUAAAGCUGAGAUGAUCUGCUCUGGGAUCCUGCCCAUUGAUCAGAUGAGAGACCACGUACCUGCAGUCUCUCAUGUAUGUCAGACAAUCCCUCGGCAUGUGUUAGAAGGCACCUACGGCAUCAACAUCAUCCGACCACGAGAAGAUGAAGACCCUGACAGACCCCCCACGUCUGAGGAGUUGCUGAUGGCAUAUGGAUACAUGAGAGGUUUUAUGACAUCACACGGCCAACCUGACCAGCCCAGAUCAGCCCGGUACAUCCUGAAGGAUUACGUCAGCGGCAAGCUUCUGUACUGCCAUCCUCCUCCACAUAUCAAUUCUGAAGACUUCCAGCCACAGCACAGCAAGUUCCAGGAAAGAGACAGCUGUGACCUCUCCACAAUAACAAACAAACAACAGAAAAUCAAGAGAAUUGAAAAUGUGGUUGACAAGACCUUCUUCCAUCAGGAGAAUGUGCGGGCGCUCUCCAAGGGGGUCCAGUCUGUCAUGGGCUACAAACCAGGCAGUGGACCUGUUGGCCCAGGUAAAGCUGAAUCAGAGAUGGUGGUGGGCAAACCCUGGAAAAAACACGGAAACAGGAACAAGAAAGAGAAAGUACGCCGCCUUAACAAACAUCUGGACGCCUGACAAUGAUCUUAAAUCUGAGCACUUUCAAUUACAGAUCAUUUCAGCAGGAAUGAAAAAAAAAAAACAAUCCAACAUACGGUUCACAUGUGAUUCCAAGGGAGUUGAUGCUGAGCAGUAUCUGUAGGUUUAGAUUAUGGCCUCUUAAUCCUAUGAGUAUGGAAAGAUCAAACAGUUUUGAUAUUAACUAAAGAGGUGCAUAAUCUGUCAUGGACUGCUCUGGUUUGAAGACCUGUUCUGGUUCAAUGCAUUCCACCGACUGGAUCACCAGCUGUGCAGCAUAUCUCACCACAGUGUUUGGAAAUGAUGGACUCAACAUUCAGAGGGUGUGAAUUUUGUAAGAAAAGACUUCAUAAACCAGAUCAUUUUCUGUAUGUUGGAUACAGCUUUUAACCUCAUACAAUUAUGACUAAUGUAACAAAGCUGGAUUAUAGAAUAAAAUUAAUGUUUUCA